AUGCAGUGUGCCACCAACCCGAUGCAAACCCAAAGAGACAUCACAUUGCUCCAAGCAGAAGCCGACAAUGACGACGAGAGUUAUUUCCGACUCCUGAUCAACGGGUCAGUCAGGUAUAUCACCAUUGCCCAAGGGAUCUGGAGCACAGAUGAUAUGUGCUUCGGCCCAUCUCUAGCCACGAUUCUCCCCGAUCUUCCUACAGGAAAUUGGAACGAUGGGCUAGUGGCCAAACACCCAGAAACCGGCAAGCCAUACUUUGCACGCGCCGCUCGAACCUCGAGACUUCGAACGGGUGUUUACGAAGUCAAAUGUCCCCAGUUUGAGGAACUUGUUGUCGUCAAGUUUGCUCGCUUUGAUUGGGAAAUUCGAUACAUGGAGGGCGAGACUGCUGCAUACCGGUUGAUUGAGGGCUAUGACAUUGGUCCCCGGUUCCUGGGACAUCUCACUGAAGAUGGUCGGGUCAUUGGUUUCGUGAUGGAGCGUAUUGCCAAUGCACGGCAUGCUGGGCCUCAGGAUCUUGAUAUUUGCCAGCAGACUCUCGCUCGGUUACAUGCUUUGGGGAUUAGGCAUGGUGAUGUGAAUCGGUUCAACUUCCUGAUUCGUGAUGAGAAAGCCAUUUUGUUUGAUUUUGACACGGCCCGCAAGUGUGAUGAUCCUAAGUUGCUUGCUGAAGAGCUCCGCAACUUACAAGAAGGCUUGGAAUCUUCGUCGGACAAGGGUGGUGGAGGGUAUCUUUGCUAG